GCCACACCAAUUCGUGAAGCCGUCUCUCAAAAUCCGAUGAAGGAAAUCUCAAUCGAUGAUCAAUAUCUCCCACCACAUCCUCAGCUACCGAAACUUGAGCCGCCACGUGGCCGUCGUGUCUCUUUAGAAGAAUUGUUGCAUCCGCCGGAGAAAUUCACCGUUGAUCUGAUGAAAUUCGUACGCCAAAGCGGGAACGCGAUUUCGAAACGCAUCUCGGUUUUGCUAGAGAACGACGACGACGACGACUCGAAGAAGAAGACGAUCGAUGAUGACGUGACCGAGUUCAAAAUCUCUGGAGUCAAAGUUCUCGUGAAGAUGAAAACCGAAGAAGAAAUCAGAGGUCGUAUAACUUUCUUCUCCAGAUCUAAUUGCCGAGAUUCAACUGCCGUCCGAUUGUUUCUACGGGAACGAGGCUUCGAUUUCUCAGAGAUCAACAUCGAUGUGUAUACGGCAAGAGAGAAAGAGCUGAUCGAAAGAACAGGGAGUUCUCAAGUCCCUCAGAUAUUCUUCAACGAGAAACACUUCGGAGGAUUAAUGGCGCUGAAUUCUCUGAGAAACAGUGGUGAAUUUGAUCGGAGGGUUAAGGAGUUUUUGAAGGAGAAGUGUUGCGGCGAUGCACCGUCGCCGGUGAUGUAUGGAUUCGACGAAGAGAAUAAUAAGGAUGUUGUUGUUGUUGAUGAGAUGAUGAGAUUCGUUAGGGUUUUGAGACAGAAGCUACCAAUUAAGGAUCGUUUGACGAAGAUGAAGAUCGUUAAGAACUGUUUCUCCGGCGCCGAGAUGAUCGAGAUUCUCAUUCAUCACUUGGAUUGCGGGAGGAAGAAGGCUGUUGAAAUUGGCAAGAGGCUAGCCAAAAAACACUUUAUCCACCAUGUCUUUGGAGAGAACGAGUUUGAAGAUGGAAAUCAUUACUACCGUUUCCUAGAGCACGAGCCGUUUAUUUCAAAAUGUUACAAUUUUAGAGGUUCUACCAACGACAUGGAGCCCCAAAGUGCAGCCAUCGUUGGGCAGAAGCUUUUCAAAAUCAUGACUGCUAUUCUUGAGUCUUAUUCUUCCAAUGACCGUUCUCGUGUUGAUUACCUGAGAAUCAGCCAGAGCGAAGAAUUCCGAAGGUACUUGAAUUUGGCUCAAGACUUUCACCGUUUGAAUCUUGUGGAACUCUCAACGGAAGAGAAGUUAGCAUUUUUCUUGAACUUGUACAACGCAAUGGUGAUUCAUGCUUUGAUCAGAAUCGGAUGUCCCGAGGGAUUGAUCGCAAGAAGGUCGUUCUUUACCGAUUUUCAGUAUGUUGUAGGAGGCUACUCUUAUUCACUUAGCUCCAUCCGAAAUGACAUCCUUAGACGCGGUCGCAGACCCUCUUAUACAUUUUUUAGUCCGUUUAUCAACGACAAUGCACGACAUAAGUGGCAGCUUGGACUUCAAAAACUGAAUCCAUUAGUACAUUUUGGCUUAUGCGAUGGGACCAAAUCAAGUCCAGUGGUGAGGUUUUUCACACCGCAAGGAGUUGAAGCUGAACUCAAACGAGCAGCUAGAGAGUUUUUUCAAAAUGGUGGAAUUGAGGUUGUCUUGGAUAAGAGGACCAUACAUCUAUCAAAAAUCAUCAAGUGGUACAAAGAGGAUUUCAGUGAAGAGAAGAAGAUGUUGAAGUGGAUAAUGAGUUAUAUAGAUGCAAACGAUGCAGGUCUUUUAACCCAUCUUCUUGGUGAUGGAGGAGGUUCUUUUAACAUUGUUUACCAAGAUUAUGAUUGGUCUAUCAACAAUUGAUAUUUAGCUUCUUUUUUUGGUAUAUUGAAAUUAAACUAUUGGUCCAUAA